GAUUAAACUUAUCGUUUUCUCAAGCUAUCACGAUGGAAAGCUUAAGAGGAUCUAGUUUGUUCUUCUUCAUUCUGUUACUCUUUAUGUCAUGUAAUUUGGUACAAAUUCAAGCAGCACCAAAGAAGAAGCCAGACACCAAGCUCUGCUUCGCCAAAAGCAGCCCUUGUUCUAAGAAGAAGAUAACUUGUCCGGAGCAGUGCCCAACAGCAAAUCCAACUGAUCCUAAAGCUAAAGUUUGCUAUGUUAACUGCAUCUCACCCAUUUGCCAAGCCGAGUGUAAAAACCGAAAACCAAAUUGCAAUGGACCAGGGUCAGCAUGCUUGGACCCUCGUUUCAUAGGCGGAGACGGUGUCGUUUUCUACUUCCAUGGCAUGAGAAACGAGCAUUUCACCUUGGUGUCGGAUCUAAACCUCCAAAUAAAUGCCCGGUUCAUCGGUCUCCGGCCCGCCGGAAGAACAAGAGACUACACUUGGAUUCAAGCUCUUGGUCUUCUCUUUCACUCAAACACCUUCUCACUUGAGGCCACACCAGCUUCCACAUGGGACGACCAAGUAGACCAUCUUAGAUUCUCCUUGAAUGGAGAAAAUCUUGUCAUCCCAUAUGGCCAUUUGUCGUUUUGGGAAUGCCCAAAUACCAGAAUCCGAGUUCAAAGAACCUCAAGCAAGAACAGCGUCACGGUCAACAUCCCCGAAUUGGCUGAGAUUUUAGUCAACGUUGUGCCUGUGACCAAGCAAGAUGACAAGAUUCACAACUACCAGAUACCUCAAAACGACUGCUUUGUUCAUCUUGAGGUGCAGUUUAGAUUCUAUGGCUUGUCUUCAAAAGUUGAAGGUGUUCUUGGGAGAACUUACUAUUAG